AUGUGUGGGAGAUUCGCUCAAGGAAUUGCUUUAAAGGAAGUACCAGUUGCAUUUAGUGAGUCAGUAUAUCAUAAAGGGAACGACUCAAUUGAUGAAACAAACAAAGAUAUAUUUCAAGUAAAUGUAAAAGAAUCCAAGGGUGAAGAUUUUAAAGUCGAGCUCGACUUAACCAGAAUUGAUGGAUGGAAUCCAUCUUACAAUAUUGCUCCAACCAAUACAGCAAUUAUGAUUUAUGAAGCACAACCAAAUUCAAAUGAAUCCAAAGAAGAUAUUAAAACUAAAUAUGUUUUUGAAAAACUGAAAUUUGGUUUAAUCCCAGUUUGGGCAAAACCUCAAGAUUCAUCUCCAACAAAUGAAGGAAAAGAAAAUCAAGGAGAACCAUAUUCAAAAGAAUUAGGUAAAACAGAAUCAAAAUAUUUCAAUUGUAGAAAAGAAAGUUUAGAUCAACAUCGUUCAGUUUGGUCUUCAUGUAAAAAACAUAGAUGUGUUAUACCAAUUCAAGGUUAUUUUGAAUGGUUAAAAGAUAAAAAAACUAAUGAAAAACAACCAUAUUUUGUUCAUUCUACUACGGAACCUUUAGUAUUUUUAGCGGGAUUUUUUGCACAUAAUUAUAAUUAUAAAGAGAAUUUUAACAAUAAAAAAGUCAAGGAAGAAGAUGAGAAAGAUGGUGAUGAAUAUUUGUCGUCAUUUACAAUCAUCACUGGACCAGCUUUAAAAAACGAUCAUUAUAAAGAUUUAAGUUGGUUACAUUCAAGAAAACCAUUGAUGAUAGAACCAAAUACGAAGGAAUGGGAUGAAUGGCUCAAUCCUAAUAAUGAAUGGAACGAUAAAUUAAUUGAUGAAGUAUUGAAUUCUCAAUCAAAUAAAGCUUACGAAUCUAUUGAAGGUUAUGAAGUUACAAAAGAUAUGGGAAAUACAGCAAAUAAAUCAAAAGAUAUAUUAAAAAAUAUAGGGAAGGGAAAAUCGAAGCAAAACAAUAUUAGUCAUUUCUUCAAACCUAAACAAACCAAAGACCAAGAUAAAGCAGAUAAAGCUAAUGAUAUUGAUGAUGAAUAUGAUUAUAAAAAUACUGUAAAGAAAAGGGACAGAGAAGAAGCUGUGGCCAAAGAGGAAAGAAAGGAGAAAGAAGAAGAAAGAAAAGUAAAGAGAGAAAAGAGAGAGGAAGCCAAGGAAGCUAAAAAAGAGCACGAAACAAAAAAAGAGAGUGAAGGAGAUGGUCGUAGACACGAUCUUACACUUAAAGAAUUAAUUCCACGAAUACUACAUGAAAGAAAAUCGUUUCUAGGAUUGACCGAAGAAUCAUUGAAAGAAGAAAUAAGAAUACUAAAUGAGGGCUUGGAAAUUCAGAGUGAGAAUUCAACAAGUCGUAGAAGCAAUGAGGACGAGGAUGAAAAAGAGCCAGAAGAAGAAGACCCACAAGAUUUAGAAUUAGAAUUAGGCAAUGGAGAUAGCGCUCGACUGUCAAGUCCAGAUGAUGUUCAACAAAAAUUUAAUAAGCAGUUAUUUGAACUAACAAAAUCAAUAAACAAUGCUUUAAAUGAAACUUCAUUAUCACUUGAUUUUGUUUCAUUAUUAGUAGCGUCAGUGAAACCUAAUGUAGCUAAAAACACAAUGUCACCACACUUAUCUAAAUUAGUUAAACCAUCCUCAUUGAAUUCAGAUAAAUUAAUAGUAGACGAAACCCAAACAAAUGGAACAAAUAACGGAAGUAGUAUUCAUAGUCAUUCAAUGGAGACUAACGAAGUAUCACAAUCAACUAAAAUUGGACAAGGUUGGAAAGUUGAAUCAAUAAAUAGAAUCACUCUGAUGUUUAAAGAAUCAAGUGAGGAUAUUCAAAAGCAAGUGUUAAAAGAGAAAAAUUUCUGGAAUAUGGUAAAUACUGUGUUAUCGAAUAAUGAAGCGUUGUUUCGAAUGAGAGACCCUGCAAAUAAUGCAAGGGCAAUUGGUGUCAAAUAUGGAUAUGGAGACUCUGGAUCUGAUUAUUAUGACAAAGGUAUGGGACUUUUGCGGAAAGACAUUGAAACUGGAGAGAUCAAAUUUCAUGCAUUAUCAUCAAUUGGUAAUAGAGUGGUUGAUAAAAUCUACAAAUACAUAAGGGUACGGAUUUUGAGUAAAGUGGAAGGAGAUGGUGAUCUUAUUAUUACAGGACAAUCAAGUUUUAAAAUUGAGUUGAAUGACUCCAAACUUGACCUAAUCAAUGAUAUAGAAAAGGCAAGGUUGUUUUUGUUUGAGGAGGAAUUAUUCUAUCAAUUGAUUAACGAAGCAAAAUUGCUCAUUACUUAUAAUGUAACUUCCAGUUCAAACAAGAUUACACUUGAAUUGGAUGAUCACGUCAUUGAAAUUGAAAAUAUGAUAUAUGACGAACUGAUUGAAGAAGAAAUGAGUAAAGCUUACCAAAAUGUUAAUGCCUCAUCAUCAAUAAAUAACCAAAAAUGUCAAUUAAUUUUAUCUUACUUCAAACUAAUGCUUUGUUGUUUCUACAAAUACAAUUUAAAAUUGAAACAAAAAGUUCCAACAGCUUUAACUAAAUGGAAACAAAGCAAUUCUCAUCCGUUAAUUUUAAGACCUUUUUUGGGUAAUUUGAAGCACGAGUCGUAUUUAACCACGGUUGAAAAAAUGGCUAGAAGUUUUAUUAACCAAAAUGAUAUCAAAUCGAGGCUCACCAUCAAUAAAUAUCUGAAUUUAAAUCUUGAAUCUAAUAGAAACCCUUUCCAAAAAUCAAUCGAGAAACCAAAAAGUAGUAUCGAUUUGAAACUUAUCAAUUCCAAAGGCAGGAUUUUAAACAUCAACGUGAUUGUGACAACAAAUGAAUUAUUUGUCAACUUAGUAUUAAAAUUAAAUGUAUUCAAGUAUGAAUCUGAGGAGAAUGAAUCGAAAAAUAUAAACUGUAUCAAUAUUUUACAAAACGAAUUUAACAAUUUUGAUGAACUACAAGAAAAUUUACAAUGGGUUAUUGAAGAUUUCAAAGCUGAUUAA